AUGGGGAAAGACACAUUCUUUGGAUAUGCAGCUGCAAUGCUGUUGUUGAGCAUUGGGGGAGUUUCGGCCACCCCGCGAGGAUUCGAACCUCACACGUUGCAGCAGGAGACUGUUGGCGCAGGCCGUUGGCAUAAGUAUGAGAGCCUAUUUUGGAUGUAUGCGAAUACCGAUCUAGAUUCAUUAAAUCCAACCCAACGAGAUGCUGGGUAUUUUGGCAUCAAGCGACCCAACAACGUACACAGAGACGCGGCCUCCGACGAGUCCAUUUUCAAGCUAAGGAUCCAUUCCGACGGUAUCCCGGCUUUAAACGACGGCAAUAUCACACUCUGCCACCCCACAAUUCAUCGCAUCAGAGCGCCUUCUUUCUUACCACUCCGGACUGCUGCAGAGCUCGAGUACCACACCCUCUACAAUAACGUGCUUACGCAGAUUGAAGAUAGCGAGGUUUUGGAUGCCAAGCUAUCGCUUGAGCAGACGCUCAGACAUAUCAACCACUGCGGGUCACCUCAGGACAGUGAUACGCCAUGGGGUCUUAUGGAGGCCCAUCCGCUCUCAGGGCGCCUUGCACCAGUGAUUACGAGUGCAGUGACGAGGACGCGGUUUAGAGACGUAGAUGGGAAGAGCGUAGAUGCAAGGGUUCUACACGUCCUCGUGAGCCAGAACAACGGUCACUCUGCUGGUAGUGAGGUUGACGCGGCCUUUGAUGUGCUAUAUACGAUGAACCCAGAGCCACGGAUCAGGUUCGUCAGCGUACCUGCAGAAAGAUCGGACCACUCCCAGGUGGGCUAUCCAAACUGGGCACGGAUUAUUGAGGAAGCCGGGAACCCUCUUAUGAAGUUGUUGAAGAACGAGAAGGAUGAGUCGGAAGAUAAGGGAGAGGACGACCUUGAAUUGACCGAAGCUGAAGAGAGGGAGGCAGAAGAGAAAAAGCAUGCCCUCGCCCCUACUACUGCCUCUCACAGAGAUGAGAUACAGAGGAAACAGCGCGUGGAAGCUAUCCAAGCAGCUCUGCACAGGGCUUCCAAAGGAUCAAUUCUUAUCCAUACACAAAACACCCCAACCAACACUACCUCGACACCCAUGGAGACCCCCGAGAAGUCACAUCUGACAAUUACCUUCGUCAAGGCUCCCGUAACUCCCUCUAGCAUCACUAUGGUCUUGAUCCGCAUCUCCAAGACCCCACUCGAGCUCCUUUCACGCAUUCGCCCCGGCACAAACAAUGCCCCGGUCAAACCCGUGGAGGUUGGGAACGAUCAAGUACCCGGAACCCCCGGUCCCGGUGCUAUCGCUCUGGUCUUGUGGUCCCUCUUCUGGGUAGCCUGGGCUUUCUGCGUAGGUCUCUACACAUGCCGUAUCGCCCGCUACAUUCUCUGGAGGAUGCGUGGUUCCCCACCAAAAUACCAGCGAGUCCGCACAGACGAGGAUGACUGUGAGAGGGGGGUCAUUGUGCUGUCCCCGGACUACUUCACUGUUGGCCUUGACACUCCAGAGGGUGGCCAGUCAUUCGCGAAGCCGAUGUUGAGUAGCAUUAGCGAGAAAACCGAGCCGGAGGAUGAUGAAGAGAAAUAG